CGGAUGUACAAGGAGCUACAAAAGGUAUAAAAAGACACAACAUUUCAAUUGAAAUUGUGAAUGAACAGAUAGAUGAUAAACAUGUCUCCAUUCAAACAAAAUCUUCUCAGAGCUUUCGUAUUUGUACUCGUAACUCGAAGUCUGUCAGGGGAAGUAGACACGUCAUAUGUGCCAAGUGUUUACACAGAGCUCCCAAAGACGGAUGUAAACAACGAGAGCUCCAACCCAGCUGGGACCGAGGAUGUGAACGGGGUUCAAAGUCUGGACGAGAUUAGCCAAGCAUUCUCUGUACCGAAAGCUGAGUUCCAGACCCGCAGCUCAAAUGGCAUGUACCGGAUGUGUGUCCACGCCGAGACCUUGAACAGACGAGCUCCAGACCCCAACAGUAGCCUGGGCAUCAACCUGACCUUGAACUACAAUAACAGCUGCCCAGUAGGCGGGGUCUACCGGACCAUAGAUGGGACCUGUGCUCACCCAAAAAACUACGGCGCCGCCUUCACGUCUUUUAUACGACUCCUGCCUGCCCGCUAUGAAGACGGCUUGGAGAAACCAGUGACCCACAGUGUGACGGGGAAACUACUGCCCAGUCCUCGAGUGGUCAGCAGAGUGGUACACACUGACCAGAACCUGGUGUCGCAGUUCACCAUCAUGUUGAUGCAGUGGGGUCAGCUUAUGGACCACGACAUGGUCUCCACACCCCUCGUCGUAGAGGACACCCGCAACAUUGUCACGUGCUGUGGACCCAACAAGACCCUACCCACAGGUCCAGUACAUCCAGAGUGUUUCCCUAUAACCUUUGACAGUGACCCCAACUUUCAAGGCCAGUGCAUGGAGUUUGUCCGCUCUAUUCCUUACUUCAACAAGAAGGGCAAGGUCAUACUGCCCCGUCAAAACAUCAACAUCGUGACGUCAUUCAUUGACGCUUCCACAGUUUACGGCAGCACUGAGGCCAUCAACAAGAGGCUGAGGGAUCAGGACGGGAAGGGUUACCUGUUCCAACUGAACAGCGGCAAGCCAAUCAGCAACGGAAAGAACGACUGUCUGAAGCGGCCAGGGAGGAACGACGUCUGCUACCUGGCGGGGGAUGAGAGGGUCAACGAACAGCCGGGUCUGACAGCCCUGCACACCAUCUUCAUGCUCAAACACAACCAGUGGGCCCUGGAGCUCAGAGAGAAGGCGCCGUGGUUGCCUGAAGAAGAAGUCUACCAAAAGACGAGAUCCCUGCUGAUAGCUGUGAUGGAGAAGAUCAUGUACAAUGAGUGGCUGCCUAUCAUACUUGGCAAUGACACAGUCCACAAGGAAGGAAUUUACACCCCACUGAACAAAGUGACUUACUUUGAUAAAAAUGUCAACCCAUCUAUUUUCAACGCUUUCUCAACUGCUGUGUUUAGAUUUGGGCACACCUUGAUUCCGAAGAAACUGUUUCUCGGCGGCGACAGUCGGCAGAGCUUGAGGGACCUUUUCUUCCAACCCUACCUGCUGUUUGAGAGGUCUGACCUCAUGACCACCAACCUUGUGGGCGGCGAGACAGAAGAGGACAGGUCAUUGGCUUUUGACAGGUUUGUGACAACAGAAGUCACAGACCAUCUGUUUGAGAACCAAGAAGGACCAAUGAAAGGCUUUGAUUUGUUGGCAUUGAACCUCCAGCGAUCACGUGACCACGGCCUGCCAUCGUACAACGAUUUCCGGGAACUUUGCCAUCUGCCACGGGUCAAGAGUUUUAAAGAUCCGGUGCUGGGGGAGGGCGGGCUGAAGUUCAAGGAGGUUUACGCCCACCCAGACGACAUAGAACUCUUCUCUGGUGGAAUCAACGAAAAACCUUUUAAAGGCGGGAUAGUGGGAGAGACGUUCAACUGCCUCAUUGCUCGACAGAUGAAAGCCCUCAAGUAUGGAGACCGCUAUUUUUUCAGCCACUACAGAGGGCAGUUGGGUUUCACCAAACGUCAGCUGAGAGAGAUCCACGGCUACACGCUGGCCAAGCUCAUGUGUGACACCACGGCCCUGACAGAGGUCCAGGCCAAUGCUCUUAUGAUAGCCGGACCCAAUAACCCAAAGGUGUCAUGUUCUACGCUGCCUGGUAUUAACAUAGAUCACUUUGCUUAUGACUGGGAGCGCUAGAUGUCCAAGCGGAAGUCAGCCAAACUUUCCCCAUGAGACAGAAGAGUCCAUUAGACCAGUGCUGGUUGUUGUGCUAGGCUGUAGUCUAGACUUUUGUCUUCUCAUGUGUCGGUCUUUCAAUGUGCAAACUAUUUCUCUAUAUUUAUACGUGCUUGGUCAAAUCUUAAAGGAUUGCUAGCUUACUUUUGCUAUGGUGUGUAAAAAUGAAGGGAUGGCCAGAGUUAGAGAGUGGAGUUGUUUUAUUGGUUAGUUUAUUUUUUGUGAAAGUUUCAUUUCACGGAAAUUGUUGAUUUUAAAACACAAAAACAUACUUCUUCGAUUAAACAUUUUUUUGUUACGUCAAGC